CUGACCCAACACAUUAACCCUUAGUAUGACACUCCAUAUAUUCUUCCAAGAGAAAAAAAGGUUGAUAGCAGCAGGACGUGGGUGGACAGCAGGAUAACAGGCUGAAAUGGGUGGAUGAAGACAGGCUUUUAGGACAACACCGUCUCUGUGUAUCGUUACAUUCUAGAGCUAGAAGAAUGAGACGUAUCCGUUGAAUCACAUCCAAGUGUGACAGGUGCGUUCUGUGGUAAUAACGCAACACGGAGUGUAAAGGAUACUCUGCCCACCCACACAACAUUGUAUUCCAAGAGCAGAAAUGUCCUCUCCAGAUCAGAUCAACAACACAGAAGACCAGCGAGACGCAUCAGGAGGCUCUUCUCUGCAAAACCUGCAUGGAAUUCCCUGAAUAAAGGAGGCAGUGUGCUUUUAGUGAGUGACAACCCUGGACAGUGCCAUAAUCCUGAGGCUUCUACCAGAAGAGCUAAGGAUCAAAGAGGGUAUCCACAGGCCUACAAAUUUACAGGCAAAGGGAAGAAGGAGCCAAAAGCUCUGAUGGACACCAAAGUUCCAGAACAGAGUCCAGACCCCGGGCCAUCAGAGGCCACACUUAAACUUGAUAUGGAUUCCUCUUUAAGUACUAAGAAAGAUGAAGGGCAGACCAAUGAAGAAAAGAAUGAACCCCCCACUCAACAAGAACACAGAAAUGAAGGAUCUCCUGCAAAAGAAGCAGAGAAACCAGCAGAUGUCCAGGGACUGAAACCUCAUCUAAAACUGGUAACAGCGAACCAUGCAGAAUCCAGCAGGGUACCUCUGGUACUGGGGGAUGUUGACCUAUCAAUACUGAGCCCUGGGAUUAAGUUUGGUGUUCCGCUGAGUCCUUCGGUACUGGAGAGAGACCUGCAGAGCCCAGUGGUCAUUAUCGGACAAGACGUCUUCAAAAUAAUAGAUGACUGCCCUCCACCUCCAGCUCCCUUCCCCCACCGCAUGGUAACUCUGCGAACUGGAAAUAUUACUGACCUGUAUGACCUGAACAUGGAUGAGAUUCUUGGAGGGGGUCGAUUUGGAGAAGUCCACUUAUGUAAAGAGAAGUCCAGCAGCCUUCAACUGGUGGCCAAAGUCAUGAAAGUUCAGAGUGAGCGAGAUCGGGAAAUGGCAUUGAAUGAGGUCAAUGUAAUGAACCAGUUGGACCACCCCAACAUCAUUCAGAUGUUUGAUGCUGUGGAAACUCCAACCGAGAUUUUCCUGUUCUUAGAAUAUGUGGCGGGAGGGGAGCUGUUUGAGAGGAUUAUUGACGACAGCUACCAGCUGAUGGAGGUGGACGCCAUGGUGUUUGUGCGACAAAUUUGUGAGGGAAUCUUCUAUAUGCACCAGAUGUAUGUGCUUCACCUGGAUCUAAAGCCAGAAAACAUAGUCUGUGUGUCUCCCAUCAGCCACAAGGUGAAAAUCAUAGACUUUGGCCUUGCCCGGAGGUAUAAACCACAAAACAAGCUAAAGGUUUCUUUUGGGACCGCUGAAUUUCUGUCACCAGAAGUCAUCAACUUUGAUAACGUCUCUUUCAAGACAGACAUGUGGAGUGUUGGUGUCAUUACAUACAUGAUGGUAAGUGGAUUGUCCCCAUUUCUGGGUGCUAAUGACGCAGAGACAAUGAAUAGUGUGCUGUCGGGAGAAGCAGACUUUGACGAAGAACCUUUUGAGUUGGUAUCAGAAGAAGCCAAAGACUUUAUAUCCAAUCUACUGGUGAGAGAAAAGAGUGGGCGUAUGAGUGCAGGUCAGUGUCUCAAGCACCCGUGGCUGAAUGACCUUGCCAGGAAGGCGAAACUCUGCAACCGUCUCCUGAAGUCUCAGAUGGAGCUUAGGAAAUAUAUGAUGAGGAGACGCUGGAAGAAGAAUAUGUUUGCCGUGGCAGCAGCAAACAGAUUUCGGAAGUCUGGAAGCACAGGAUGUCUGACCUCUUUGGUCGAAUGAGGACGCGAUGGAGAACACGAGGAAGCCAAGCCAUACUUCUAUAGCCAUAAUGACUAACUACAUGCCUCUUCGAAUUUCCAGCAUGUGGACUUGCUUUAAUGAAUAUUUUAGGUGACCGCAUGGACGAGGAGGAUAUAGAUGGUCUAUAGCCCCUGGGUCACAAUUAAGGUUUUGCUUGUACUGUAGCUCCUUGGCCUUGGUGCAAAACCCACGCUACCUAUCCACCAGUUAAAUAAGUCACUGCCAUCUGCUGCUACAUCAUGUAGUAUAGAAGCUUGAUCUAUGCAUAAUACAUGUAAAGCAUUCAUUUGUAUUGGGAGUUUCAGAUGUAGCAGGACUGAACUCGUCACCACUAUGAAUGAAUGAAAUGACAUACUCAUCCCUGCUACAUCUGUAGAUCCUUCUAGUGUUGGACAUUUAGAUGAGUCACAGAGGUUCUGCACUGUCCACUGAUAGAGCUGCUGCUUGCUUAUGUUUCAUGUGGCCUGUGGACCCACAAAGUGUGAUUGCAGCCACUACACCACUAUUAUUGCAUCACCUAUAAAAUUCCCCAACACCUGUGCAUCUCACACACCCUGAAAAGCCCUGUAGGAGGACAGCAUGAUCCUUGAGACAGUUCUCUCAU